CGUCGGUCAGCGGUCUCGCAUGAUCUUUAAAUUGCUCUAAUAUCCUUCUACGUUGUUAGUCAAUUUGUGACUACCAUUAUGUACUUUCAACUUGACUAAGUUUUUUUUUUAAUAUUUCAGAAUCAUGAAGCUAAUUAUAUUAUGUAUUCUUGUGCUAUAUUCGGUUGUUAGUAGUUAUAGUAAAUUAGAAAGUGGUGAAUCCCGCCAUAUUAGUGGUCAUCGCGUGUCAAAGAAAUAUUCGCCGGAUUGGAAGGAUCUGGAUACAAGACCUUUGCCCCAUUGGUACGAUGAUGCGAAAAUAGGUAUCUUCCUGCACUGGGGAGUUUAUUCAGUUGUCGGUUUCUCUGAAUGGUUCUGGAGUAACUGGAAAGGUGGUGAUAAAAAAAUAAUCAAAUUCAUGAAAGAACAUUACCCUCCGGACUUUACAUAUCAAGACUUCGCGCCGAUGUUCAAAGCAGAGUUCUUUGACCCUAGCGAGUGGGCAGAUUUAUUUUUAAAAUCUGGAGCUAGAUACAUUGUCCUGACGAGUAAACAUCAUGAUGGGUUCACAAUGUUCCCUUCACAUCGUUCCUAUAGUUGGAAUUCCUAUGAUGUUGGCCCAAAACGGGACAUAGUCGGUGAACUGUCUACCGCCGUUAGAGCCGCUGGACUAAAGUUCGGAGUUUAUCAUUCAUUGUACGAAUGGUUCAAUCCGAUAUAUGAAGCCGAUAAGAAAAAUAACUUUACCACACGAUAUUACGCUGAAACAAAACUUUGGCCCGAUUUGAAACAACUAAUCAAUGAUUACAAGCCAUCAGUCCUUUGGUCUGAUGGUGAUUGGGAGACGUACGAUACAUAUUGGAAGUCUACUGACUUUCUCGCCUGGCUGUACAACGAAAGCCCUGUUAGGGAUGAGAUUGUAGUGAACGAUAGAUGGGGUAUAGGAAUUCCUUGUAAACAUGGCGACUUCUACAAUUGUGCGGAUCGGUAUAAUCCUGGUUCCCUUCAGAACCACAAGUGGGAGAAUGCGUUCACAGUGGAUAGCCGGUCGUGGGGCUUCCGUAAGCCGAUGACCCUCAAUGACACCCUCUCCACCAAGCAGCUGCUUUACCAAGUCGUGUCUACUAUCAGUUGUGGAGGGAAUGUUCUAAUAAAUGUUGGUCCAACACAAGAUGGCACCAUAUCACCAAUAUUCCAAGAAAGACUCCUAGAUCUCGGUAGUUGGUUAAAAAUAAACGGUGAAGCAAUAUACAGUACUUCUCCUUGGUUACAUCAAAAUGACUCUCUUAACCAAGACGUGUGGUAUACUUGCCGGAAAGCUAAGCAUAGCCAUCGUCAUCCCACCGCGAUACCAAAAGAAACUGAUAAUGUUACAGCCGUUUACGCAAUAUUCCUUAAUUGGCCAACUACAAAUAUUUUACUUGUAAAGGAUCUUUCUACUUAUCUACAUAAUGGUGUUUAUAAAAUCGAGCUCUUGGGCAACGAAGGUCUUAUAAAUUGGAAUAUCAAAAAUGGUGUGACCAGUAUCGAACUUCCCGACAAGGCUAAAGUACGUUCACAAAAUGCAUGGACAUUGAAGAUGAGUUUUAAAUAAUAAUCAACUUGUAUUGUUAAAUAAAUAUUUAAAUA